CGCGGGAGGGGAAGGAGGAGGAGGGGGAGGGGAAGGUAGCGGAGGUGGAGGCUGUAGCAGAGCAAGAGGCGGCCGCGGCGGGGCGGCUUGCGGCGCGCGCCCAAGGAGCGUUAGAAUCCUGAACUGAGGCGGCUGCGCGUGAAGACAGCAGGAGUGGCGGGACCGCCACCGUCGCUGGAGAGAUGAGCCGGGAAGCCUGAGGCUGGAGACGCUCGCCCUCCGGCCCGUCCGCCCGGCUUCCCCGCUCCCGGUUACUGGAAGAUGAAAGAGACUAUACAAGGGACUGGGUCUUGGGGGCCUGAGCCUCCUGGACCUGGCAUAGCCCCAGCUUACUCGAGCCCCAGGAGAGAGCGUCUUCGUUGGCCUCCACCUCCCAAGCCCCGACUCAAAUCAGGUGGAGGGUUUGGGCCGGAUCCUGGGGCAGGGACCACAGUGCCAGCCAGAUGCCUCCCUGUCCCUCGGCCCUCCUUUGAUGCCUCAGCUAGUGAAGAGGAGGAAGAAGAAGAAGAAGAGGAUGAAGAUGAUGAGGAAGUGGCAGCUUGGAGGCUGCCCCCUAGAUGGGGUCAACUGGGAGCUUCCCAGCGGCCUCGCCCUCCCCGCCCCAACCAUCGAAAAAUAUGCUCACAGCGCCGCCGCCGAGCUAUGAGAGCCUUCCGGAUGCUGCUCUACUCAAAAAGCACCUCGCUGACAUUCCACUGGAAGCUUUGGGGGCGCCACCGGGGCCGGCGGCGGGGCCUCUUGCACCCCAAGAACCAUCUUUCACCCCAGGAAGGGGGCGCAACACCACAGGCGCCAUCCCCCUGCUGUCGUUUUGACUCUCCCCGGGGGCCACCCCCACCCCGGCUGGGUCUGCUAGGUGCUCUCAUGGCUGACGAUGGGGUGAGAGGGUCUCCACCAGUGCCCUCUGGGCCCCGCAUAGAAGAAGAUGGACUCAGGUGGACUCCAAAGUCUCCUUUGGACCCUGACUCGGGCCUCCUUCCUUGUACUCUGCCCAAUGGCUUUGGGGGACCACCUGGGCCAGAAGGGGAGCGCAAUCUGGCAGCCCCUGAUGCCAGCAUCCUCAUCAGCAAUGUGUGCAGCAUCGGGGACCACGUGGCCCAGGAGCUUUUUCAGGGCUCAGAUUUGGGUACUAUGGAAGAGGCAGAGCGGCCUGGGGAGAAAGCUGGCCAGCACAGCCCCUUGCGGGAGGAACACGUAACCUGUGUGCAGAGCAUCUUGGAUGAAUUCCUUCAAACUUACGGCAGCCUCAUCCCCCUCAGCACUGAUGAGGUAGUAGAGAAAUUGGAGGAUAUUUUCCAGCAGGAGUUUUCUACACCUUCCAGGAAGGGCCUAGUGCUGCAGUUGAUCCAAUCCUACCAGCGGAUGCCAGGAAAUGCCAUGGUGAGGGGCUUCCGAGUAACCUAUAAGCGGCAUGUGCUGACUAUGGAUGACUUGGGGACCUUGUAUGGACAAAACUGGCUCAAUGACCAGGUGAUGAACAUGUAUGGAGACCUGGUCAUGGACACUGUCCCUGAAAAGGUGCAUUUCUUCAACAGUUUCUUCUAUGAUAAACUCCGUACCAAGGGUUACGAUGGGGUGAAAAGGUGGACCAAAAACGUGGACAUCUUCAAUAAGGAGCUGCUGCUAAUCCCCAUCCACCUGGAGGUGCAUUGGUCUCUCAUCUCUGUUGACGUGAGGCGACGCACCAUCACCUAUUUUGACUCGCAGCGCACCCUAAACCGCCGUUGUCCUAAGCAUAUUGCCAAGUAUCUUCAGGCAGAGGCAGUGAAGAAAGACCGACUGGAUUUUCACCAGGGAUGGAAAGGUUACUUCAAAAUGAAUGUGGCCAGGCAGAAUAAUGACAGUGACUGUGGUGCCUUCGUAUUGCAGUACUGCAAGCACCUGGCCCUGUCUCAGCCAUUCAGCUUCACCCAGCAGGACAUGCCCAAACUUCGUCGGCAGAUCUACAAGGAGCUGUGUCACUGCAAACUCACUGUGUGAGCCUUGUAUCCCAGGCCCCAAGCUCUUUAAUGGGCAGGGGACAUGGGAAAACCUUCCUUCCCAAGAAAGUCCAAUUCCUUUCUUGCCUUUUCCUACCUAAUCCCUUUGGUUUUUCAUAUUUAAAUGUUUUAAUUGAUUUCUGUAUUUUUUUUUUUUUUGAGAGAAUACUUGCUGAUUUCUGAUGGGCAGGGGAUAGCCAUGGUAAAGCCUCUUUCUCCCUCUGUAAGGGAGUGUGGCCUUGUGGCCUAGGUGGGGCAGUCAUCCCCCUUUCAUGUGCAGAGGGCAGGAGUAUAAGUGCUGGGGGUGGGGGGUUGGCGGGCAAAGGGUUUACUGCCUGCCAGAUCUUCAAACUUUUUUUUUAUAUAUAUAUAUAUAAUAUAUAUAUAAAUGCCACGGUCCUGCUCUGAUCAAUAAAGGAUCCUUUGGAGAUA